AUGGACGCUGCUUCAGAAGAAUAUCUACAGAAACUGAACGACCGAGUUUCACUGGUGCUGGAUGGGAACUUGACCGGAAUCUAUCUCCAUGGUUCUGCCGUCCUGGGCGGAUACGAGGCCGGCCGCAGCGACCUCGACGUGCUCGUCGUGGUGCCGAGUCCAAUGAUAGAGGCGCAAAGAGCGGCAGUGGCCACGACACUGAGCGAAGAAGCGCUGCCAUGCCCAGCAGCCGGACUUGAGAUGAGCAUCGUCACGGAAGCAGUGGCUGCGAAUCCGAAUACGUCCGCGCCGGCGUUUGAGCUGCACAUGACGACGGCAUCAUCGGACAGCAAGAUUGUCGAUGGGCGCGGCGGCGAAGGCGACCCGGACUUAUUGCUUCAUUUGGCUGUGUGCAGAGCAAAGGGCAGGAAUCUAGCCCAGUCUCCAGCGAAGAGCAGGUUGGAUGUCUUUGGCGCCGUGGCGGCAAAACGCGUCAUGGCCCAGCUCCGCGAGGAGCUUGGGUGGGCCGCGCGCGAUGCCCCGAGGCACUAUGCGGUGCUGAAUGCGAGCCGCGCGUGGAUGUAUGCGGUAACACGGCAGCUAGUGAGUAAAGUAGCGGGAGGAGAGUGGGCGAUGCAGCAGAUUCAGGACGACGAUGCGGUGCCAGAUCGAGACGAUAGGAUGGGAUUAGUCAAGGCGGCGCUGGCAAAGCAAAUAGGCGACGAGGUGUUGUUCAUAGAGGCGGAUGACGUGCAGCGCUACGUUGAGUUUGUGUUGCGAAUCUUGGGCCGGGAUGGAAGCGACUAG